CUUGUGUGUUUCGGGGCCCUCCAGCCCCAUUUGUGACUGAUGGAGAUUCACUGCAAGCACGACCCGUUUGCUGCUAUGCACAGACAUGGCGGCGUGAACCAGCUCGGAGGUGUGUUUGUAAACGGCAGACCCCUCCCUGAUGUAGUGCGGCAGCGGAUCGUAGAGCUUGCCCACCAAGGGGUUCGACCGUGCGACAUCUCACGACAGCUGCGUGUUAGUCAUGGAUGUGUCAGCAAGAUACUUGGCAGGUACUAUGAAACAGGCAGUAUCCGACCCGGCGUCAUCGGGGGAUCCAAACCAAAGGUUGCUACACCCAAAGUGGUCGACAAGAUUGCCGAUUACAAACGCCAAAAUCCCACCAUGUUUGCCUGGGAGAUCAGGGACCGACUCCUGGCAGAGAGAGUGUGUGACAACGACAGUGUUCCGAGUGUCAGCUCCAUCAACAGGAUCAUUCGGACUAAAGUCCAGCAGCAGCCGGGCCAAACAGGCUCAGUGUCGGCUCACAACUUAGCAACAUCAGUGGCUGCCACUCAAGUCUCAGCAGUGACCAGUGACUCUGCAGGAUCGUCGUACUCCAUCAGUGGCAUUCUGGGAAUCAGUUCAGCAGCCGAUGUCGGGAAACGGAAACGAGACGAAGGUAUGCAGGAGUCGCCACUAGCCAACGGGCACAGCCACAGUGGGCGGGACUUCCUCAGGAAGCAGAUGAGAGGGGAGCUGUUCUCGCAGCAGCAGAUCGAGACAUCGGAUUAUUCCUCCAUGGCCUCAUUAGCUGGUGGACUUGAUGAAAUGAAGAACAGUUUGGCUAAUCCUGGCACAGGAGCGGAGUUAGGAGCCAGCGUGUCCGGCCCACAGUCUUACUCACUGGUCCCAGGUCGCGACCUGGCCAGCACCACUCUACCAGGAUAUCCUCCACAUGUUCCUCCCACUGGACAGGGCAGCUAUUCCACCCCCUCCCUCACUGGCAUGGUACCUGGUGGAGAUUUCUCUGGAAGUCCAUAUUCCCAUCCACAGUAUUCCACGUAUAAUGAGUCUUGGAGAUUCCCAAACCCCAGUUUACUUGUGUUCCAGCAGGAUUAUGGGCCUCUCCUGGGGACGGAAAUCGGCUGCUCCUCCAGUCUCUUCACCAGCCAGGCCGGACAGAUGCAAGGGUCACCAUACUAUUACGGCGCAACAUCGCGGGGUGCAGGUCCAGCUGCCACAGCAACAGCCUCAGCCUAUGACCGUCACUGACAGCACCCCCCCACAAAUGGAUGACAAAAAAGAGAGAAAGAGGGAGGGACGGAUAGCACCAGCAAUGCUCGGUAGAAACCUGCCCUACGCACACGCACCAACGAGGGCGGACUUCAGUCCAGUUAGAAUUUCCUUCCGAUCGACGUUUACGCCACCACAAACAUGAGUAUGUGUUUUUUGUUUUUUUUUUAUGUUCAUUCUUACAGAGCUUUCUGAAGCGUGUCGGGUCAGAGCAGUGUGAUCUCAACACCGUCAUGAUGGGACUCCUUUUGGCUGUAGUUUGGUACCAACUUUGAUGAGUUUUCUUUCAAGGAAUUAAUCAAAUCUCUAUGCCAUUUUACUGUAAAGACAAUCCAGUUCACAUAAUUCCCAAUGACUGAAGGUGAUGCAACAUUUAUUCCCACCUUACUUUGUACCUAAAACGCGACCAGGCUUUUCGAACAAAGCACAGCCCUCCUCCUCCUCCUCCUCCGGUCCAAAAACCCCGGCCAGAUCAAGCAGGCCAAGCAGGGCAUCUCGCUGUCCAGGACGGUGCUAUCCAGCCUCCCCGCAUCAAGAGCUAUUUAUAAUGGAGAAGACAGAGUAAUAUAUUGAGAAGCUUUUCUGCGCUGCACUCUGCCAUGAGAGUGAAUGCCUGUAAUGAUUUA